AUGCUCCGUGUGCUCCAGAAGCCCCUCUCUCCAGUAACGCCUUUUUUCUCAACUCUGACGCCUGUGCAAUCGCAUCGAAAUCACUCGUCGGAAUCUGUCGGGAAUGAACGAUUCGAGGAUUCAGAAGGCCUCCAUUAUCAACGACGACAGGUUUCCGAAGUCCUUCUGGCCAUUUCGACGGUGUCACACGGGCGCUUCCGAACUUCAACCUCUUCUUCAUCUUCUUCAUCGUCUACGUCUUCUGCCACGUCAUCAUCCUCAACGUCAUCGUCACUAAGCCUCUCUCCAGUUCCCAGAAGCAAAUCAUCAUUUUGUGGUGUUUUGACGUCUCCAAAGAAUUCCAAUGGUCCAGAAGACAUCAAAUCGAAAUCUGGAGCAGGAAUGGGAGCAACAGGAGUUUCUGAAGGAGGCUCCGCCCCUAGAGUGUCUUCUGAAUCUUCUGGAGCAUCUGGAGCAACUCCAGAAGACAUUGAAUUCCGCCAUGGCUCCGAGUUGAAGAAGAUUCUGACGUCGUCACGACGGAACACGUUCACAAGAUCUUUGAUCGAUUUCGAUUGUUUUGAGAGGUUCGCGGUGGAUGCUGAAAAUUGA